UUAAUUCCGGAAGUUGCUUUCUAAGGUAGCUUGUGGGUCAGGGUGGUCUUUGUGAGAUUCCACCAUGGCGUACCGUGGCCAGGGCCAGAAAGUGCAGAAGGUGAUGGUACAACCGAUCAACCUCAUCUUCAGAUACCUGCAAAAUAGAUCCCGGAUUCAGGUGUGGCUCUAUGAGCAAGUGAAUAUGCGGAUAGAGGGCUGUAUUAUUGGUUUUGAUGAGUAUAUGAACCUUGUAUUAGAUGAUGCAGAAGAGAUUCAUUCUAAAACAAAGUCAAGAAAACAACUGGGUCGGAUCAUGUUAAAAGGAGAUAAUAUUACUCUGCUACAAAGUGUUUCCAACUAGAAGUGAUCAAUGAAGUGAAAAUUGUUGAGAAGGCAAUACAAUUUGUUUUUUUUAGGUGUCCUUUUAUGGGAGUAUAGUUCUGAAACAUUUGUUCCUAUUGUUUUGAUUACCCUUGUGUUAUUACCAGAUAACAAUAAAUGCUAUGUGAUUGUUUUUAUUAAAAAAUUUAUAUUGCUUCUUUUUUUUUUUUUUUCCUUUUGUGACUGGCCGCACCGCGCUCAGCCAGUGAGCGCACCGGCCAUCCUUAUAUAGGAUCCGAACCCGCGGCGAGAGCGCUGCUGCACUCCCAGCGCUGCACUCUCCCGAGUGCGCCACGGGGUUGGCCCUACAUUGCUUCUUUCUAUCCAGUGGUAAAGACCUUUUACACAAUGGCACCAUUAGCUUUUGGUAUUUAUUUUAAAGUUUUCUGAGGAGUGGUUGUUGCCCUGGAAAUUUGUUUUUAUCAGAGCAUGGACUUACAGAUUCUUGAGGCAAAGAGUAGAAAUUCUGCCUGACAAGUAAGCUUCUGAUACUGUGUGGUAGAGAAAGGGAGCGUUCAUGAAAAUAAACAAGGGUUAUUGCGCUAACGUAUGUCUUUAUCAGUUCUAAUUCUGGCUGCUGGAACACUAGAGUUUCUAACCAAAAGAGGUUGGGGAUAUUUUAAUAGCUUCAGUGUUUGCUCAGCACUCUUAUUGAGUUACUGUGAGGUCUUUGUGAAUUUUAUUACUAAGAUCAGAAUGUGAGAAGUAUUUGGGAAUAGGCAAAGAAUGAAGUGCCAUUAAAGUAUACUAAAAGUGAGCUCUGUUAAGAGUUAACAGGAAGGAGACUUUGUGAAAUUGGUAGUCUGAAAAAGAGCACAAGCACUGCUGGUAAAUUGUUAGGCAGAAUCAUAGUAUGUUAGACAAAUACACCUGACUCUUACUCUUAAUCUCUAAGGAUUUUGGUUCCUCCCCCAGUGAUUGCUUAUUUCCUAAUUGAAUUCUUAUAUGGAUAAAUCUCCCCUCUCCCAAUAUCUCAGGGUGGUUCUAGUUAGAAUUCUGUUAAAUGGUUAUUGAGUGUGUGCUGUUAACUAGGCACAAAGUUCAAUAAAUACAGUGAAGUAGACUGGUAAACGUAGUUUUAAUGCCAUAUCCUACGUGCUAUUUAAAUUGGAUCUUGAAGGAUGAAUAAGGUCUACCUUAAGUUCUGCUAAAUGUAGUAUUAUUAAGGAUGGGUGAAGAAGGAACAAGAAGUUCAGCUCCUGCUUUUCUAGGUGCCUGUGAGGGAGAUGUAGACUUUUCAUUAGACUAAAACCUUUUCUGAGAUAGAGAUUUGUAGGUGAAUGAACAAGUCAGUCUAGCUUAAAAUUUUGUAUUCCAGCCUAUCUGAACUCAUACCUUUUUGUUUAUACUGUUGUACAGUGUGUAAUGAUGGAUCACAUAAAUAAUGGUGGCUAUACCAUCUAGGUUUGUGUAAGUACACCGUAUGAUGUUUGUACAACAACAAAAUCACCUAACAACACAUUUCCCAGAAUGUAUCCCCAUCAUUAAGUGACCCCUGACUGUAUUUUCAAA